CCCGCCCCCGGCGGCCGCGAGUGGCGGGCGGAGCGCAGGAGAGGCGCGCGGGGCUGUGCGGCGCCGCCUCUCCCCCGGGCCGGGCGGGAGCACCGCCAGCCCGACCGAGCGGCUGGAGCCGGGAGCUGCAUGCAACCGGUGGGAGGCCGGGCCGCUGCUCGCCGCGUCCCCGGCGGCGGCUCUGAGCUGGCAGGCGGAGGGUCGUCUCCCGCGCCCGCCUGCCCGGCGUGGUCCGAGGAUGCGGGGGGGCGAUGCCCGGGGCCAGGGACGCGCUCUGUCACCAGGCGCUGCAGCUGCUGGCCGAGCUCUGUGCCCGCGGGGCCCUGGAGCACGACAGCUGCCAGGAUUUCAUCUACCACCUGCGGGACCGCUCCAGACCCCGGCUCCGCGACCCAGAUAUCUCAGUGAGCUUGUUGACCCUUGUGGUCACUGCCUGUGGCCUCGCCCUCUUUGGUGUGUCUCUCUUCGUUUCUUGGAAACUCUGCUGGGUUCCGUGGCGAGAACAUGGCCUGUUCUCUGGUAGCAAAGACAACAACCAGGAGCCUCUUAACUACACGGACACAGAGACUAAUGAGCAGGAGAACAGUGAGGGCUUCGUAGACCCUCCCACCCCCUGCCCUGACUCCUCCAUGAAGAUCAGCCACACCUCCCCUGACAUUCCCCUCUCAACCCAAGCUGGGGGCCAGGAAAAUUGUGCCCAUGGCAUCCGUGUACAGCGCCAAGUCACAGAGCCAACCUCAUCGUCUCGGCAUAAUUCAAUCCGAAGACAACUCAACUUGUCAAACCCUGACUUUAAUAUCCAGCAGCUUCAAAAACAGGAACAGUUGACUGGAAUUGGUCGAAUUAAACCCGAAUUAUAUAAGCAGAGGUCAUUGGAUAAUGAUGACGGGAGAAGGAGUAACAGCAAAGCCUGUGGGAAACUGAACUUCAUUUUAAAAUAUGACUGUGACUUAGAGCAGCUCAUUGUGAAGAUUCACAAAGCUGUCAAUUUGCCAGCCAAGGACUUUUCUGGGACUUCAGAUCCUUACGUCAAGAUCUAUUUGCUUCCUGAUAGGAAAACAAAACACCAGACUAAAGUUCACAGAAAGACCCUAAACCCUGUGUUUGAUGAAGUGUUUUUGUUUCCAGUUCCUUACAAUGACCUUGAAGCACGAAAGCUUCACUUCUCUGUGUAUGACUUUGAUAGGUUUUCUCGACAUGAUUUAAUCGGCCAAGUUGUGGUGGAUCACUUCUUAGACUUGGCUGAUUUCCCCCGGGAAUGCGUCCUUUGGAAGGAUAUCGAAUAUGUCACCAAUGACAAUGUGGAUCUGGGAGAGCUGAUGUUUUCCCUCUGCUAUCUGCCCACUGCUGGCCGACUGACCAUUACCAUUAUAAAAGCAAGGAAUUUAAAGGCAAUGGACAUAACAGGAGCCUCAGAUCCCUACGUGAAAGUCUCACUGAUGUGUGAUGGCAGACGGCUAAAGAAGAGGAAAACGUCCACCAAGAGGAACACUCUGAAUCCUGUUUACAAUGAAGCCAUAGUCUUUGACGUCCCUCCUGAGAACAUCGACCAAAUCCACUUGUCCAUAGCGGUCAUGGACUAUGACCGUGUAGGUCACAAUGAGAUCAUCGGCGUGUGUCAAGUAGGCAACGAAGCUGAACGGCUGGGCAGAGACCACUGGAAUGAAAUGUUGUCGUAUCCUCGGAAGCCCAUAGCACACUGGCAUUCCCUUGUGGAGAAACGAUGACUGUGCUAAGAGGACUGCUUGUGCCAAGGACAUAGUGGAACAACCAUCUUGCCAAGAUCUUGAGUAACUUUUCCCAACCAACAACACCCAGACAACUCCAGUGACCAAAUGUUCAGCUGUAACCACAGCAAUAACUGGCCCUCUUUCCAGAUUGGGUUUGGUGACCGAGACCAGCACAGCCACUUCCAGAGGCCAUAGGUGGUGGGUGUGCUGUCGGAGAAGCCUGUCCCCCAUGGCCAAACAUCAAGACUGAACUAUGGAAGAAACCACCAGACACAGUGAGGGUACUGAGAAUGUAGAGAACCCUUAGCAGUUAACUGCGGUGAUGGGAACACAGUAUCUGCCCUGGCAACAUCACUUUGAUAUGAUGUAAUUUGCGUGAGUGCCCUGGAAGGACUGAAUAUUUUCAAAUAUAUCCAGGUGCUAAAUAGGCAGCAAAGCUAAUUGAUACUGGACUGUCUUUGAACUAGGAACUGUCUCCAGAAAACAGUUUCAUUCCAAGAAGUGUUCUAGUUUUGGAAGGAAUAGCCCCAGGAGAAUGUCUAGGACACAAGGCUUUCCCCCCUGGAGAAAAUCCAGUGCAUGGAGGGCUAGUUCCCAGCAAGCUCACUGCCCACCCCUGCACCUUGCAGAGAGUACCAGGUGAUCAAGGCUCACUCUUCUGUUCAACCCAGCUUCUGAGGAGCCAGAUCCCCAACAUUGUUGUCUAGAUAGUCAGCAGCUAGCCUCUCAGAGGUUGUUGGAAAUUAGAAUGAAAGUUAGUUGUCACCCCUGUAAAGAGACAUAAAUCUCAAUGGCCUAAGCAUUCUAGAAAUACCCUUUCCCAGACAUAUCUGCUCACUGGGGGAACAGCCUCAGAUGUAAGUUGAAGGUGAGAAGAGUUGUGUGAGAAGAGUUGAUGGAGAGAUAACAGCCCUCCCCUCGGGGAAGGCACACUGUGGGGCCUUCUUGGCUGAGUGCCUUCUGAGGUAUUUCCAUAUGCAACAGCCCAGAGGCAUAGCCUUGGGCAGUCACAAACAGGUUUCCCUUUCACUCCCAGACCCAUGUAUCACUUUUCAUUGCACUUGGGGAAUGGAAAUACCUACAAGAGUGAAGGUCAAGGGCUCUCCCCGGGUAUUUCAUUCAUUAUUCAGCUUCCCUUGUGACAACAUCAGCCAACCCACUGCCAGCAUAUGUAUGCCUGUAUUUCUCAUCAUUGCUUCUGCCUCCAUACAAAUGAAACCAAAGUCCGAAUCAUACCCUGCAGGGUGCAGGUGAAGGGAGCUGUUACCCAGUGGUCCUCUCCUCUCUCUCUCUCUCUCUCUCUCUCUCUCUCCCCUUUCUCCCCCUCUCUCCCUCUCUCCCUCUCUCUCUCCCUCUCUCUCCCUCUCUUGCUCUCCCCCCUUCCUCUCCCUCUCCCUCUCCGCCCCCUGUGUCCUCUCUCUCUCUCUCUCUCUCUCUCUCUCUCUCUCUCUCUCUCUCUCUCUCUCUCUCUCGCUCUCUCUCUCUCUCUCUCUCUCUCUCAUUAUGGGUACAAAUUAUCCCAACCCCACAUUUGCACCACGUCUCUAAGUCAGCAUUUUCCCUUUUCAUAUAAUCCCUUUUCAACAGAAUCCAGAAUCAUAGUUUACCUUUCCUGGGAAGCUCAUUAGCUUCCUUUGAAUUAGUAUUUCAAGGUGGGUCUACCUGGGCAGAAACAGAAUCAUAGUGUGUCUCUAGAAAGUUCUUAUCCCAGCUGCCUGGUGUGGAAAGAAGAAAACAAACAAAAACAUAAUAACCUCCCCUGACAUCAGUUCUAAAAGGAUGAAGGCUGUUGGAUGCAGCAGACGGCAUUAGCACACUCCAGAUGUAUAUGUUCCCCAGCCUGCGGAAUCCAUUUCCUUCUAAUAGGCUUCCAACCACUGGAACCCAAAGGUAACCCAAGGUUCUGCCUAUGUCUGAUGACAUGAGAAGAAUUCAACCAUCUUAGCCCAAGAUUGCUUUCUGCCUAUCCACUCCCAUUCAGACAUCCUCCAUCACACCCGUGUUUAGAACCAAAGCAUGAAGAACUAGUGCCAGCAAGAUAGUCAGCAGGAGAAACAGAUCUCUAAAGCCAGACUGAUUAGACCAACAGAAUGACCUGGGACAGACCAGAUGUGCCACCGUCGGUAGUAGCAGGAAGCCGUCCCGGUUAAGUGUCAUGUGUAGUCGGCAGUGGAGCCUGGGUGGGAGGUGCUGGGGCAGUCAUGCCUACUGUUCCCCCCUCAAGACAUUCCUGCCCAGUUUAUGCCUGCAUUUCUCAUCAUUGGUAGUAGGCCUGGGGUACUCAGGAGUGUGCUCCUAGGUUGUUGAAUGAAGCAGAAGGUGGCUUUGGAGGGGAGAAGCAGGCAGAAAGGCCUGGCCCCCCCAAGCAUGUGGCAAUGUUUCUGGAAAAUUUUGUCUAGCCAGUUCAACUGUGGCCAGAGGCUGAUUAUAAAUUUAAAUUCCCUUAAGCCCAUCUGUAACCCUUCCUCUGUUCUCUUGCAUUCUGUUUGGUUUCCCGUUAGUUUCCUAGUAAAUGUCCCUUUUGAAAACUUCCAA